UUUCAUCACGAUAUUAACCACGAACCAACACACGUCGAUCUUUAUUCGUGAUAUAAACGAUCUACCCCUCAAAAAAACCGAAACUGCUACUGAUAGCGCUCCUUCAGUGUUCACUUUUUCACAAGCCAGAAUGUAUUACGAAAAUCGCCACAGUCACGUUCGAGCGGGGUAGCUGUCGGUCCGAGGACCGUGGACGCGCCGACACGAACAAAGGAGUUUUUGUUAACAUCGCGAUAAUUUAAUAAUUAUGAUUCAUUAUCUACAGAUCAUCCGUAUAGUAUCUGAUAAGUGUUCGUUGAGUAUCCAACAGAGAUAAUAAAAACUAAUCGUAUUAUUAUCUACGGUAUCCAACAUUAUAGAUCUACGGUUGUAAUUGUAUUAUCUAUGGUUCAACAUUUGUUUACCAAUUUGGCGAAUUGACUAAUUUCUUUGUUAAAUGCUGGUUGUAUUUAACGCUAAUACCCGUGUUAAAACUACAUAUUUGUUUUAAAAUUUAUCAGAAGAAAUUGUUUUUUUAGAUUUUAUUCGUAAAUAAAAUAAGUAAUAAUUCAAUCUUCUCAAAAACUAUAAUUAUCAUGCCUUCUGCAGUUGAAACAAAAUGUGUGACUAGAAGAGAAAUUAUUGAGAUGAUGAACGAAAAAGAAAAACUUGAACAACAGUUGAAAACUCUCGGUGAUGUUUUGCAAUCCGUAAAUAUAAUAUUAUAAUUAUUAUUGUAGAAUUAAAGUUGUACAUAAAAAUUAUGUAUUGCAAGUAAUAUAUUAUUUUGGUAUGUACCUAUGGUAAUUUAUAAUAAUAUGUACAAUACAGUUAAAAUUUAAUAUUGACUACUCAUAUUUACCUUUGUUUUAAAUUUUAGCAUAGAAUCGGUAUGCACGAAUCACUGGUAGACGACCAAGAUUUUCCCAGGAAUGACAUUGAUGUAUACCAAAUCAGAUUAACACGCAAUCGUAUAAUUUGUAAGAAUUGCAUUUGAUUAUUUCAUUAAUUAAAAUAACUACCCGUGUUAUGAAAUAUUUUUGAGAUGAAGAAAAUUAUCAAUAUUAAUGAUUUCCCGGGUUGUAAUUUCAUCCCAGUCCAUUUCUGAUUAUUACAUUUAAUAAUAAUACAAUUUAUAAUUAAUAAUCAAUACAAAUAAUAAUUUAUUUGAUUUUAAAAACAGAGAAGGUGUAUAUUCUAAAUAGCCAAUGAAACCUCUGAAUAGCAGAUUGAAUUCCGGUGACUAAGAGCGUCUGCUAUUCAGAGGGGGCAAAUGUUUAAUAUUCAUAAAAGGCAAAUAUGUAAAAUGAAAAUAUUUAUGUGUUAUAAGUGAUGAAAUUAAAGGAUAAAAUGUAUUUGUUUUUCCUCUGUUAUCUACCUAAUGUGGUUUUGCACAACAAAUUGAGGGUUAUUUUUGUUUAAAAUGUAUUUGUUAGCAUUAUUAAAAGGUGGAAUAUCAUGACAAUGAAAAUUCCGGUGUAAUUCUUAACAUUAAAAAUAAUUUAAUUGAUUUGGUAGGAAAAAAUAGUCAGUCCAUGGCUUUGAAAAUAUCAAAUUAUUUUACACAGUAUCUACAAUCAAAGUUUUUCUUAUUUGUUUUGUUUCAGGUACUCGUAACGAUUUAAAAGCAAUAAUGGAUCUUAUUGAAAAAAGUCUAAAUGCUUAUUUCAUGCAAAACAACCACGAUGAACCUGAACACAUGACUAAUGGAAGUUGUAGUUUGAAACCAGAUCAUUAAUAUCUUGGAUGCACGCUUUUAAUUUUAUAAUUUGUUUAUAUUUUAAAAUAUUUACAAAUGUCAUGAAGACAAUUUUUUUGACAUAAUUUUGAUCUACAGUUGUAUUAAUUCAUAGUACAUAAUUGGUAUUGUAUUUGUUGUUAUAACUAUUAUCCUAUAUAGUACAUAUGUGCAAUACAAAUUAAAAACAACGUCGUCGAAAGAUAUGAGUAAAAAUAAUUUUAUCAGAUGUAUGAUGAGUCAUAGUGAGUCAUGACAAAUGUGAUAACAACAAGUAAUAAUUUUUGACACUGGGAAUGAACGAGCGCUAGAGUUUGGUUGGAACAUUUGAUUUGUUCAGGUUUGUACUUCACUUUGUCACGGCACGGUUCCCAAUCCGUAUAGUUCACAUCUUCAAUCGUGUUUCAAACACGCCGUGCACCGUCUCCCGUGCAUUAAUAACCGUCCCUAACUAUCUCACGCAAUCCGUUUUUAAAUAAUAUGCCGAUGAUAUUUUGAGAACACAGAAUGUUCGAAUUAUCUGUAGUUUUUCUUUCGAGUGAUCUGGGUUCCGAUGUUUUUAUACAAUUGUGUAGAUCGUGUUUGUGCAAUCAAUAUUGUAAUUUGAUCUGUUUUUUUAUGGCAAUUUCCAUA